AUGAGCCAAGAUAAGCCAGCCGAACAGAGAUUAUAUGUUGGAAAUAUAUCACAAUCAUUAGUUGAUCAAAUUGAUGACUUACAAACGAGAUUUUCAAAAUUCGGUGAAAUCAUUUCUCCCUUUGAGAUUAAAACAACCCAAACUUUUCUAAAUAAUGUCUACUUUGCUUUUAUCACCAUUAAAAUCAGUCAGCAGAAUCUAUCCAAAUUAAUUUCCUCCUACAACAACGUUAAUUUCAAAAAUAACAAACUCAUCGUUCAAUUAUCAAAGUCUCCUCAAUUUCCUCAAUCAUGGUUUAUCGAUCAGAAUUCUCUAAAUGCAGUUAAACAAAACAACAAAAAACUUCAACUAUUAUUAAAAAGAAAUAACAUCCAAUAUAAAAGAGAAUACUACAAAGACUCUUCCUCUAAGAGACUAAAUGACGUAUUCAAUCUACUCCAUGGAAGAGAAAAAAAACUUUCCUCCAAUAAUACAAUCAACAACGUCACCUACAGAAUACGAAUAAACAAAUUAAAACUAUCCUCCAACCAAAAAAAAAAACUAAAUCAAAAUGGCUUUUUGGUUGUCAAACCAAAUCAAAAACUAAAAUUAUGGGGCUAUGAGAAAAACAAAUCAACUCAAGAUCUAGUCCAUACCUAUAACCACAAUCUAAAAUCUUGGCUAGAUGGUUCCGGCCAUAUAGUUGAGAAAAACUCCUCUCAUAAUUUUAACCUCGAUGAUUUUUCUCAAACUUCUCAAAAGAAUAUCACACUAAAUAACCAGAUUUCUAAAAAUAGUAAUACAACCGAAUCUCUUAAUAGUAUCCAUGAUGAUGAUGAUGAUGAUAAUUUAGAAGAAAGACACAAAAAUCUCGAACUUCUUGGAACGUUUAUGCAAAACUUUGAUUUUGAUAAACAACUUUCUUUCGAGGACAGUGAUACUGACUCAGAAAAAGACAAAACCACUUUACCAUAUUCAAAAUCACAUUCAAAAUCGGAUACUGAAUCGGAAACUCAAACUUCUAAAUCAAAUCAUAAAACCAUUCAAUUCAAGGAGCUUGAUUCCAAUAGAGGCGUAGUAGUUUUUACUAAAAAUAACCAACAAUUUGAUUAUGGAGAUGACCAAGAUUUUCAAUAUGAAAGUGAAAGUGAAAGUGAAAGUGAAAGUGAAAGUGACAAUGGAAACAAAAAUUACACUAAAGAAAAAAAUCAGCAGUUCUCAUUGAAAUCUUUGUUUAAUUCAAACACAAACGACACAAUAUCAAAUAAUUUCAAAUUGAUUGAAUCCGAUGAUGAGGACAUCGAUCAUGAAGCCAACAAAAAAUAUUUCAACCAUGCAAAAAUUGAUAAUCUCAAUAACAAAAAUAAUGAUAAUGAAUCAACCUUGGAAGAUACAGGUACUGAAAAAUCAGCAAUUAAUAAUUCCCAACAACUCUUUUUUGAAAAAACACACGGUUUGUUUUUUCCACACUAUGAAUCGCCAUUUUUGUCUACACAAUCUCAACUAAGUAAAUUGAAAAACACAAACGUUCUUGAGGAUGAUUUUUUGAGCAAUUGGGAAAAAGAAUUUGAGGAUAACAGGCUUGAUUGGGUAAAGGCCUUUAAAAGAACAAAGAAAGACACUCUUAAACGAUACAGAAAGCUAAAUAAUCUCAAAUUAAGAACCAAUAUACUAUAG